AUGGCGUCGCGUCCUCAGAAUGUCGGCAUCCUCGCCAUGGAGCUCUACGUCCCACCCAGCUUCGUCUCCCAGACGGAGUUGGAGGUGCACGACGGCGUGAGUGCGGGCAAGUACACCAUCGGGCUGGGGCAGGACGAGCUCGGGUUCUGCUGCGACCAGGAAGAUGUCAUCUCCAUGAGCCUGACUGUUGUCCAGCGGUUGCUAGAGCAGAACGGGUUGGAUCCAACCCGCAUAGGGCGGCUGGAGGUGGGCACAGAGACGGUGAUCGACAAGAGCAAGUCCAUUAAGACUGCCAUCAUGACUCUCUUCGAGGCCAGCGGCAACGCUGACGUGGAGGGUGUUGAUUCGUGCAACGCGUGCUACGGUGGCACGGCGGCGCUGCUGAACAGCGUCAACUGGGUGGAGGGGUCGUCGUGGGACGGCCGUUUUGCCAUCGUUGUUGCCGUUGACAGCGCUGUGUACGCAGAGGGUCCAGCGCGGCCCACAGGGGGAGCAGGUGCAGUGGCGAUGCUGGUGGGACCAGACGCGCCUCUGGCAUUCGAGAGUGGGCUGGCGGGCAGCUAUGCCGCGCAUGCAUACGACUUUUACAAGCCCAAGCUCGCCAGCGAGUACCCUGUGGUGGACGGGAAGCUGUCUCAGACUUGCUACACCAAGGCGCUUGACCACUGCUACCAACGCUUCUGUGAAAAGUAUGCCAAGAAGCAUGGCGCUGCGUUCUCACUGGCUGACACUGAAUCCGUGGUCUUCCACUCGCCGUACAACAAGCUGGUGCAGAAGAGCCUGGCACGGCUGGUGUUCAACGAUGUGAAGAGGGGAGUGAGCAGUGCGUAUCUGGGUGCAGGGGAGGCGGAGGCACUGCAGCCGUUUGUGGGGCUCGAGGAGGAGAAGAGCCUCGUGGAUAGAGACUUGGAGAAGGCGGCCAUGCGGGUGGCAGGGCCGGUGUACAGCAGCAAGGUGGGCCCCUCCACGCUCGUGGGCAAGCGGGUGGGCAACAUGUACUGCGCCUCGCUCUAUGGCAGCCUCGCAUCCCUGCUCGCACAGCAGGGGCAGCAACUGGAGGGCCGUCGCAUUCUGCUCUUCUCGUAUGGCUCUGGCCUCAUGUCGACUCUCUUCUCGCUGACCGUGCGCCAAGCGGCUGAACCCUUCUCCCUCGCCACACUCGCUGCUCAUCUGGACGUGCACCAGCUGCUGGAGUCUCGCACCAAGUACUGGAUGGACGAGACUUACCUAUGGAACGCGUUCGCGUCCACGGGCCAGGUUGCAAACGCGAAAAUUAUUCGCAAUAGGGCAACAGGGCAGCCCGAGGGGUACGGGUUCGUGGAGUUCACGACGCAUGCAGCAGCGCAGCAGGCGCUAGCGACCUACCAGGGCACGCCCAUGCCUCAGGCGGAGCAGCAACCCUUCCGCAUCAACUGGGCCGCGUUCGGCGCUGGGGAUAAGGGUGGCGGCCGCCCAGCGGACGGGCAGGAGUUCUCCAUAUUCGUGGGCGACCUAGCCCCAGACGUCAACGACUAUCUGCUCUGCGAGACCUUCCGCUGCCGCUACGGCUCAGUGAGAGGCGCCAAGGUGGUGGUGGACAAUGUGAGUGGGCGCACCAAGGGCUAUGGCUUUGUGCGAUUCUCCUCAGAGGAGGAGCGGGACCGUGCGUUGCACGAGAUGAACGGCCAGAUGUGCUCCUCCCGCCCCAUGCGCAUCAGCGUCGCCACUCCCAAGAAGCCAGGAGCUCCUGGGCAAGGUGGUGCGCAGGGCGGGCAAGGGGGAGGUGCGAGGGCAGGCCCCCAGCCCCAGCCGCAGGGACCAGGGGGGGAGGACGACCCUACCAACACCACGAUCUUUGUCGGAGGGUUGGACCAGAGUGUGACGGACGAGCAGCUGAGGGCGGUGUUUGGGCCGUGGGGCGAGCUGGUAUACGUGAAGAUCCCAUUCGGCAAGGGCUGUGGCUUCGUGCAAUUCCGACACCGAUCGCAGGCAGAGGAGGCGUUGAGGAACAUGCAUGGCACGGUCAUUGGGCAGCAGUCUGUGCGGCUCUCGUGGGGGCGCAAUCCCGCCUCCAAGCGCACCUCGACAUACCCUUCGCAAGGCUCUCAGUGGCAGCAGCCGCAGCAGCAUGAUCCUAAUGCAGCAGGUGGCUGGGGCGCUGCUGCCGGUAGCACUGGUUACUAUGGAGGUUACAGUGGUUACGAUGCUUCAGGGGGCUACAACCAGGGGGCAUAUGCUUCAUAUGGUGGAUAUGGAGGUUAUGGGGGCUACGGACAGCAACAGGCUUGGCCUCAAGCUCAAGCUGCUCCAGCGGCAGCGGCAGCAUCCCCCGCCACAACACCAGCACCACAAAGUGCAGCAGCAGCACCGGCUUCUGGGUUUGCAGCUGGAGUGACCCCAGAACCCUUCGAUCCCCUGCGUGCCCCUGACGUGGACAAGAUGAACGCUCAAUACAUGGCAAAGCAUGAGGGGUCUCUCGUGCCUCAUCAUGUCUGGUUCAAAAUGCCAGAAUCAGCAACUGCGUAG